AUGGAAGAACCGAACCAAAACGAUGAAAUGCUUAAUAUGCUGGAUUCUCUUGACCAGUUAGGUAUCGACCAACCAAAGGCAGAUGAGGGCAAUGAAUCAAGAGAAAAUGUUGCCGAGAAUGAAGAGGACAUUCUAAAUUUUCUAGACGAACUGGAAAAUGAAAAAGACCCAGCUCACUCGGAACAUAUUGAAACAGAAUCGGAUGAGAAGACUGCUGCUACAACUUUCAAUAAACCUGUCGAAGUAACGGGUGACGAGAAAGCUGUUGCCAAGAAAAAACCAGAGCCAACGACUAAUGCUUCUGAUAAACAUAAGGAAGAAGAACAACCCACAGAACCUACUCGAACGACAAAAAAGUCUAGCAAUUGGUUCGGUGAUUUAUGGUCAACGGCCACAGAGGCGGUUAAAUCUGCUGAACGGAGUGUCCGCUCUAUCAAAUUGGAUGAACAUGCACAUUGGGAGAAUAAAUGGAAGGAUCUUGCUGACAUAAACAAGAUUGGCAAUGAAUUACGAUCAAAAGCUUUACCCUCGCUUAGUCACACACUUCAAAGUGUAUUAAGUGCAGUUGCGCCUUCUAUUCAAGAACAUGAAGUUCUACAGGUAACUGUAUUUCACGAUAUUGCCGGAUUCACAUCGUUGGAUCGAAUUAUAUAUGAUGGUUUUAACGCUGUCUUGGAUCAAGUCGAAGGUGGUGAUUUGUCUGUUCUUCUGGCCAAAGAAGGAAAAGUGCGGCCGCUUACGGGUCGGCUAUAUGAAGAUUUUGCCUUGUGCCAUGGCUUAAUGGAAGCAAAAAAGCUUGUUAAGGAAAAUCUUGCUGAGGCUAUUCGUGAGGUUCAAAAGCAGAUUCAAAAAGGAAACGAGGACAGCUCAGCAUCUGUCAAGGAAGUCGUCCACACAUCUCGUAUCCUUUUCUCUCUUCAGGCUUGUGUUCUAAUGAACAAGGAAAUUGACGAAAAGGAACAACUCUGCUUUGUCUUGUACAUGUUUGAUGUUACACACAACCUGGAAUUCUGUACCGCCUCACAAACUAUUCCUUUGGAGUGGCUUGAAUGGGCCAACGACCCUCGCUAUGUUGAAGUGUUCGGUGAAAAUGUUAUUCUCCCAAAGGAAUGGGUAACCGAAUGGGUUGAAAAAACAGUUUCCACGUCGACUGGCAUCCUCGCACAAAUGUAUACUGCCAAGCGAAUGGGUCUAGGUGAAGCUUCGCUAUUCGAUUCUUUAAAAGUCAAGCAAGUAAAAGAACAAGCACAAGAACAUUUUGUUGAUACUCAAAUAUAUACAUCAUAA